AACCAGUCCAGGUGGACAUGAAAAACUAGGAUAGGGAAAUUGAAACUCUCUUUUGUUUGCAUCCCCGAUGCUGUGCUGAGGCCUUCUGGGGAGACUGUAACACAAAGAACCCUUGAGUUUGUUAGAAGUUUCUGUUCCAGCCAAGAGGUGAAGUCAUCAGUUUUCCACUUCUAACAAUGAGUCCUUGUGUGUAUCAAAGAUAUCUUGUACAGCAACAACAUUCCUCUAGGCUGCCUGUCAGAACUUUGUUUGUGCCUCAUUUGGGAUAGACCAAGCAAGAAAGCUUUGUGCAUGGACGGUCCUAGCUCAGAUUGCACAUUUACCUUCUCUGCCAUGUGGCAUCUGAGUGUAAGACCAUCCACCAACUAGAGAAGAGACACCAUGUUGACUCUGACCCCUGUUAUAACUGUGCCCUGUGAGGUCAAGAGUGUAUUUCUGUUACUUUCGAUCCUGGAAUUUGCAGUGGGGGUCCUGGCCAACGCCUUCAUCUUCCUGUUGAACUUCUGGGACGUGGUGAAGAGGCGGCCGCUGAGCAGCUGCGACCUGGUGUUGCUGAGUCUCAGCAUCACCCGGCUAUUCCUGCAUGGGUUCCUGUUUCUGGACACCAUUCAGCUCACCAACUUCCAACAGAUGAAGGCCCCAUUGAGCCGUAGCUACCAGACCAACCUUUUUCUCUGGAUGGUCACCAAUCAAGUCAGCCUCUGGUUCGCCACCUGCCUCAGCAUCCUUUACUGCUCCAAGAUUGUCCACAUAUCCCACACUACCCUGCUUUGCAUGGCUCCUAGGUUCUCCAGGAAGAUCCCCCAGGUGCUGCUGGUGUUUAUUCUUUUCUCCUGUGCCUGCAUGUUCCUCUGUUUGUGGAACUUCACCAGCAGAUCUUGCUUCAUGGUCACAACUGUGCUACUCGUGAAUAGUACAAAAAAGGGGAUGCAGAUCCAUUCCUUUUAUUCCUUCCUCUACUGCAAUCUGGGGUCCAUCCUCCCUUUCCUCUGUUUUCUGGCCUCUUCAGGGCUGCUGAUUGUCUCACUGGGGAGGCACAUGAGGACAAUGAGGGCCAAUGCCAGUGGCUCUUGCGGUCCCAGCCUGGAGGCUCACAUCAAAGCUCUCAAGUUGCUCAUCUCCCUCCUCUGCUUCUAUGUGGUGGCAUUCUGCACUGCCCUCCUCUCGGUGCCCUUAAUGAUGCUGUGGCAGAACAAGAUAGGGCUCAUGGUUUGUGUUGCGGCCAUGGCAGUUUGUCCCUCUGGUCAUUCGAUCAUCCUGAUCUCUGGCAGCAGCAAGCUGAGAAGGGCUGUGGAGACCAUUCUACUCUGGAUGCAGAGAAGCCUAAAGGUAAGGGCUGAGCACAAGGCAGAUCCCCAGGUGCUGUGCUGA